AUGUCUAUUCUUAAGGGAAAAGAAGUGGAGGUCACGGAAGACGAUCAACACCGCAUUUGUCUUUUUGCGCGUCUGCAUCGCCGUCGUCGGGAGCUGGUGGCCGAACUCUCUAGGCGUAAGGAGGAGAUAGUGAGGCUUGGCGACGCAGCAGACGAACUGAUGAUCACUGACAAUGCCAUGUAUCUUUUCGGCGAGACCUUCAUGGAGACCGACAAUGACGAGGCAGAGGAAUGGCUGGAAAAGGAAAAGGGUCGCUUGCAGACGGAGCAGGAGGCGGCGGAAGCGGAGCUGAAAUUGGUCGAAGUCGCGUUGGGCGAAUUAAAGGCUAACUUGUAUGCGUCACUGGGCAGCCAGGUGUACCUGGAAGACGAAUGA